AUGAGAGUCUUGUGUGUUACUCUUGGACUUCUCAUUCGCACAACCAUCGCUGGAUUCUCUUGCGGUUCAGAAGUCCCCUCCAGAGAAGUGUUCAAUUAUCUGAGGGACGAACUUUCUAUCUUACAUGGAUCUUAUCCAAGAGGAAACCACGGAGGUUCAAAUCUUGACGGAGGAAUUUCUUUGGUCAAUGAAAUCGGUGGUCCAUCAACGCAUUCAUCCUGGCAAGAUGAACUUGGAUAUUCAAUAAGACCGGAAGGGCUCUCCAACAACUAUUUUGACGACCUUGAGUUCGAUUCAAUUCAAAGACUCUUUGAAUUCGAAGAUAAUGCCAGGAAUCCUUUAGAAGAAACUCUUCCAGGUGACAAACUGGGAUCUUCUACUUCAAGAGAAUCUCACACCACAGAAAACCGGUCUGGAUUAGAAAACGAAAUCAAUGAAGCUGGAAGACUUGAUCAUAUGACACUUGAUGGUCAUGGAAAGAUAGGAACAUCAUCAGAACCAGAUUCUACGGAAGAGAGUAUGAAAACAACGUCUGAAACUUUGAAACAUCUGAAAGGCUACACUAAAGAAAAUAUUGAACUAUCAAAAGCACUCAUCAGGAAUAACUUACAGAUUUCAAAGAGACUUGUAAACGCAAACACAUUGUUUCUCAAAAAAAUCAAGACCAUGGGUUCAAAGCUCGAUCUUACCAAAAUCGAUCUGAAAUUCCUUAAAGAGCUCACAGAUAUCGGCCUAAAAGAUUUAAAUAGUUUUACAAAAAAUCAUUAUGAAAUGUCAGAAGAACUCACGAAUAGAAAACUCGAGCUUUCGAUUUCGCUCAAUCUCAUCAGACUUAAAAUCCUACAAAGAAUAGUUGAAAAGAAUAGUAUUGAAGAAAUUCCGGAUCGUUCAGAUCCACUUACCCAUGAGAAUUUAUCACAAUUAGAUAAACUCACACAAGAAAAUGUAGACCUAUCAAGGGAACUUGUUGAGGGUAAUGUUGACUUAUUUAGAGAUAUUUAUCAAUCACAAAUGAACUUGUUAGAGACAUUGGAUCAUCACAAAACACUUGAUGAACCUAAUUCAUUUUCGUCAAGGAUAAAUCCAAAAACUUCUGAAAACUAUCAUAUCAAAGGGGGCACUAUAGACACUGCUGGAAAUCGGAUGGAGUCAGAUUUGACCCAAAAUCAAGGCAUAUUGAAAAGGAAGCGUAAAAAUAUUGCCAUGGAUAGCCGUCACCAAGAGUCAGACCUAUCCACGCUUUCAACAACAGGAACGGUGAAAUCUCGAGGUUCAUCUAUCGUUAAUGUGUCCAGCAGUGCAGUGCAUCCUUCAAGCUUGUAA